AUGACGUCAUACACUCCCAAGAACAUCCUAAUCACCGGCGCAGCCGGUUUCAUCGCCUCACACGUGGCGAACCGUCUCAUCCGCACCUACCCGGACUACAAGAUCGUCGUCCUCGACAAGCUCGACUACUGCUCUAACCUCAAAAACCUAAACCCCUCCCGAUCCUCCCCCAAUUUCAAAUUCGUCAAGGGAGACAUCGCCAGCGCCGAUCUCGUCAACUACCUCCUCAUCACCGAGCGCAUCGACACCAUCAUGCACUUCGCCGCGCAGACUCACGUCGACAACUCCUUCGGCAACUCCUUCGAGUUCACCAAAAACAACAUCUACGGGACGCACGUGCUCCUCGAGGCGUGUAAAGUCACUGGCCAGAUCAGAAGGUUUAUCCACGUCAGUACUGACGAGGUUUACGGCGAGACUGAUGAGGACGCGGUUGUUGGUAACCAUGAGGCUUCUCAGCUGCUUCCGACGAAUCCUUACUCUGCUACUAAGGCGGGUGCGGAGAUGCUUGUGAUGGCGUACGGGAGGUCUUACGGGUUGCCGGUUAUAACGACGCGUGGGAAUAAUGUUUAUGGACCGAAUCAGUUUCCGGAGAAGCUGAUUCCGAAGUUUAUUUUGUUGGCGAUGAGAGGGGAGGUUUUGCCUAUUCAUGGAGAUGGGAGUAAUGUGAGGAGUUAUCUUUAUUGUGAAGAUGUUGCUGAGGCGUUUGAGGUGAUUCUUCACAAGGGGGAAGUGGGGCAUGUUUAUAAUAUUGGGACUAAGAAGGAGAGGAGGGUGAAUGACGUUGCGAGAGAUGUUUGCAAGCUGUUUAAUGUGGAUCCUGAGGCGAGUAUUAAGUUUGUGGAGAAUAGGCCUUUUAAUGAUCAGAGGUAUUUUUUGGAUGAUGAGAAGCUGAAGAUCUUGGGGUGGGAGGAGAGGACUACUUGGGAAGAAGGGUUGAAGAAGACGAUGGAAUGGUAUACGCAGAAUCCGGAUUGGUGGGGUGAUGUUUCUGGAGCGUUGCUUCCUCACCCGAGGAUGCUUGUGAUGCCUGGUGGGAGACAUUUUGAUGGGUCUGAGGAGAGUUCUGGAGUAGUGGCUUUAUCUGGAAACUCGAGCCAGAGCCAGAUGGUGGUUCCUACACCCAGAGGCAGUGGCGUCACUCAGAGCGCUUCUCUGAAGUUUUUGAUAUAUGGUAAGACGGGAUGGAUUGGGGGUUUGCUUGGGAAGAUUUGUGAGAAGCAAGGGAUUGCUUUUGAGUAUGGGAAAGGGCGGCUUGAGGAUAGGUCAUCCCUCUUGCAAGAUGUUGUGAAUGUUAAGCCUACCCAUGUCUUCAAUGCUGCUGGUGUGACGGGGAGACCUAAUGUCGACUGGUGCGAGUCUCACAAGACCGAGACAAUCCGUGCUAAUGUUGCUGGGACUUUGACUCUGGCUGAUGUCUGCAGAGAGAACAACCUCUUGUUGAUGAACUUUGCUACUGGUUGUAUUUUCGAGUACGACGAAAACCAUCCGCUAGGUUCAGGCAUUGGCUUCAAAGAAGAAGACACACCAAACUUCACUGGCUCUUUCUACUCAAAAACCAAAGCCAUGGUUGAGGAGCUGCUUAAGGAGUUUGAUAACGUAUGCACACUAAGGGUUAGGAUGCCUAUUUCCUCUGAUCUCAACAACCCGAGAAACUUCAUCACCAAGAUUUCCCGGUACAGCAAAGUUGUGAACAUCCCAAACAGCAUGACCGUGCUGGACGAGCUUCUUCCAAUCUCAAUAGAGAUGGCGAAAAGAAACCUGAGAGGGAUUUGGAACUUCACCAACCCUGGUGUUGUGAGCCACAAUGAGGUCCUGGAGAUGUACAGAGACUACAUCGACUCAGACUUCAAAUGGGCGAACUUCACACUAGAGGAGCAAGCUAAGGUCAUCGUGGCACCAAGAAGCAACAACGAGAUGGACGCAUCUAAGCUCAAGAAAGAGUUCCCUGAAUUACUCUCAAUCAAGGAGUCUCUGAUCAAAUAUGCAUUUGAGCCCAACAAGAGAACUUGAGAGCAGUGGACUCCUCUUAUUAUGCAUAUAAUAAUUAAUAAACAAAAGAGUUCGUCGAAACGAUUUAGAGUUAGAGUUCAGCUUCUUGGCUCUCGUUGGUCAUCCCGUCUGAGGAGUGUUUCGAAUAUCCGUUUCCAUUGCCGUUGGUCAUCCCGUUUGUGGAGUGUUUCAAAUAUCCGUUUCCAUUGCAAGUCUGAUAUGAUUCGCUAUCAGAAAAUGUCUCAGCCAGUGUUGUUGUUGUAUCUGCAACUGCAAGCUUGUGGAGCAAAUCCACAGCAUCUUGAGAUGAAUCAAUGACAUAGCGAGCUUUUGUGCGAGUUUGUCCGAUGGCUACAGAGAAGUAAUUCUCCUUUUCGAGGUCAAGAACAUUCAGUGAAACCUGCCUAGUUUCAUGAGAUAACUUGGUUUCUGAUUCGAAGAAAGUGUAAAUAUCUUCGUCCUGUAAAAUAUCUUUCAUUUAGUUACUCGGGAUUCUGAUUGAGUAAUGUAGGGCUAGAUAGUAUUAAGCUCUACCUUCUCCAAGAAGUAACCACUGCAAAAGACAUAAUCAAUAGGUGUAGUCAAUGCACUUUUAUGCACUAUUUCUCCCAAAAUACGACCAAUGGCUGCACCCUAAGUAACAGAGAAAGAAGAUAGAACACUUCAAGCUCAACUGGUACCAACGGUUCAGUGUAUAAUAGAUUUCGAUUACUGUAUACUCAUAACUUUGAAUACAUAACAUGAGAUGAGAAACCAUUAAAUUUUACCUUACUCUCACUCAUCGCAUGGACUUCAACAGAAUGGUUUCCUCGAACAACGUCAACUGAUUCGUUAGAGAUGGGUCCUGCCCAUAAGUGUUGAAACAUGUCUCUUGCUUGUGCUUUUCCAAAUUUAACGUCUAUAGAAAGAAAGAAAAAUAGUCAGGACAAUGGAAAUUGAACAAAAAAAAAAUAAAUACAAAAGUGUUAUAUGGAAGCAAAAAAAAUGACUAAUUUAAAAUCACCUGCAUAUUCGUGAUUCCAUACUAGAGAAGUCCCGCUUGCUUCGUAGAAGGAUCUUGGAGUUCGAUCAGUGAAGUACUUAAAAACUUUCUACAAAUAUAC